GAGAACCCUUUUCUUUCACAGUCUCUCAUUGCUCAUUUAUAUUAUAUCGUAGCCUUGCUUAUUUGGCUCUGCAGCCUCGUUUACGUCAUCCCGGAGAGUUCGUAUUCCGCUCACCGAAAUCUUGUUUGCACCAGAGUAUGUACGGUAUAGCCUUAUUUGGUGCCUAGCGAUUUAUUUCGACUCCCAACUCAGACAACCUGGAAGUCUCGGUCAGCAGGGUCCAAACAAUUUCAAUAUUAAUUUACUUCAGCUGACGACGUGUUCGUGAUAAGAGUUAGUCAGACACAUUUGAGACUUGUUUUCAAAACAAAUCUCACCUAGAGAAACCACUCGAUUUGCCAUUUCGCAAAACGUUGCGAUUGUGCGAAAGUAAACAACCCCCCGAGAUUCUAAUUUGAAUUCUUGCGCCGCGUAUUCAAUGCAUGCCAUACGGCAGAAAUGCCGUCCCAAGCAUCAGGUUCUCAUACUGAAAUGCUACCCCAAGACAACAAAGGGGGCAGUCGAUGUCAAGGCGAAUUCAAGUGAAUUGAGUUAUCUCUUGUUCUAUGCCACGACACGAAGGAGUAAGGUGCAGAAGGUGGGGGAGUUCUUGGAGAAGAAGACUGCAAGUGAUGUUUGGAGAGCUAGAAUAGGAAACGUGCAAGUUACCCUCCAAAUUCUCGCGGCUUUAAUCGAAAAAGCACCCCGAGACUUACCUCUAUAUGCGCCUUACGUUCUUAAGAUUUUCAAUAUCAUACUUCGUGCGCAAGAUGUUACCAUGGUGGAAUCCUCAAUACCCACUUUUCAGGUCUUCUGCGAGAAUCAUGACAUGGCAAGUCUUUCCGCGGAUCAAGAAUAUCUCCACCAAUACGAGGAAAUCGUGCGAAUCUACGCGUCAUUUGCUUCGACAAGAACACAGACAAGCAGUAGCCCUCAGAGCGCGCCGGUCGCUAUUAGAUGGAGGGGUCUUGGCUUACAAGCGGUCAAGAGUGUGGCAUCUUCCCAAGCUUUGUCUACAGUGGCGGGAAGGCAAUUGGAUGUCAUUGUGCCGAUACUGUUAGAGAACAUUUGGACGGAUAGUGAGGACUUCAUUGAUAUACUACAACAACGAGCUGAGACAGAAGAGCACACUGGAACGGAAAAAUCAUUGUUAAAGAGAAGGGCAAGCAAUGCGACAGCUGGAACGGCUGAUACGGAAGGAGAUAAUGCUACCGCUUUACCUGGAACAACUGCAGACGCAGACAAAUUGGCAGAAGAGAACAUUGGUGUUUUAGCUACACAAUGUUUAAAACAAAUCUUUGUCGUCAACAACCGAGCUCAGGUACAUGGAGCUACGACAGCGGUAUUGAAGUUUAUUGCAGAUCGAGUUUCCCAGCAAGAAUCUGUUAUUGAGAAUGGUCCAAACGAGAAUUGCAAAGGAUGGGCACCACGCAUUUUCGAAAUGAUUGCCAGAUGGACUCCAGUUCAAGACCGAUAUGUCAUUCUGGUGACGGCCAUGGAUAGUUUGGUGCGGACUGACCAAGUCGAGUCCACUCUUAUGCAACAACUCGUUCUUGCAACAAUGGUAGACUCUUUACUCAAAUCUGAUAUCAACUUGAUAGGAUUAAGCGUAAUGGAUGUUUUAAUCGGUUUGAUACAGCACAUAUUGAUAGUUUUACAACUUGGAAAUGUCGGUGGACCUCAUCUUCAGCCAGAUAAUGGAGCCGAUGAAAAGGUCGAUGCUGGUGCUUUGCAUGCGUCAAUUGCAUCUGAGCCGGCUAUGGUUCCAACAGGCACUAGGAAGGAUCUUCUAGCCCGAUUGCAGAAUUGUCUGGGAGAUUUGGCCACACACGUUUACUAUGCAGAUCAAAUAUCUGACAUGGUAUCAGCGAUCCUAGCACGUUUGAAACCUUCGACACUAUCACCUAUUCCUAGCACCGCUGCAGCAAUUGAAGAUCCAAAAUCUGCCACAGAGGCUCUGUUGUCUGGCACUAAUAUGACCGAAGAUCCAAAUACUGAUGGAUUCUUUUCGUUUGAUACAGCUAAGAUCACAGCUCUGGAAUCAAUAAAGUUAAUCCUGCUUGUUGCAAGUCACAAGACUAUGACUGCGGGAAAUCUGGGAAGAAACAGAGUUCCAAUCAAGACUUGGGAGGGUACACAAUGGUUACUGCGUGACACGGAUGGGCGUGUAAGACGAGCGUACGCUGAUGCAUUAUUGACGUGGCUUGAUCGGGAAGUUACAAAGGCUGAUCAGCAAAUCUUCGACGACAAGCCGAAGGGAUUAGCGAAGAGUGCAAGGGAUGAAUCAUCCACCAAUCUCACAAAGAGAGCAGUAUCGAACGCUUCAAAGGCAGAGAAGCCCUCUAGAUCGUCAUCCCGGACAACUUUUUCACAGCUGCUACAUCUUGCCAUCUAUGAAAAUGCCUUGCAAUUUGUAGACUACGAGAACGAUAUUCUUGUAUUACAUCUUCUUCUCACAAGUCUUGUCAAGCAUUUGGGAGUAAAUGCGAUCAGAAGCGGGUUGCCCAUGAUGUUUCGAUUACAAGAAGAUAUAAAAUCGUUCGAACUACCAGUCCAAAAAGUCCGAAUCGGAAGUCUAUGUCAUGGAUAUUUCUGGACGUUGUGUGAGAAAUUCGAAAUUGAAAUGUCACCCGUUGGCAAGACAGUCCAAGACGAAAUCCGCCAACGUCAAAAGGCCAUGUUUUGGGCCGAUAGCAUUCGAUUUCCUCCCCUUAAACUCCAUAAUAUUGGCCCACAAGGGAAAGUAGCAUCUCAGCAAGAACAAACGCCCAGUUAUGCCGGCGCCGACUCUCUAUCAACCUUUGAUGACCGGUUCCAAUUGGUCAAACUUAUCUCUUUAUCUUAUGCGGCAUCUCUAAAUUCUCCUCCAAGCAGCCCCCCAACAUCUCCUGGCAGAAGCUACACCCAUCCAAUACUUAGUGUGGAUGUGCCUUCAUCACCACGAGAUACUACCAUGCCGGAAAGAAUCAAGGAAGAAAUGAUGUCUGAAUGGAAUAAGGAGUCCGUGAUUGCCGUUGCGCAGGAAGCUAGCAAGGCCGCCUCAAUCAGUGGAUCGCGCGCAGGUACAAUGAUCAAUGGCCGUCGUAGUUUCCUUACUAUCAAUGGACUCGGUAAUGGUAGUAACAGUGGAACAGCCUCUCCUACUGGUGCGCAUAAUCUGAAAAGUGGUGCAAAUUCAACAUAUGGAACCGCCAGCGGGAUUGGCGCCAUGCACAAGCUAAGAAAAGGUAGUGGACAUUCAAAUGCGCCUGCUAGUGAAUCAAGCCGCGGGUCAGUAACUAGGGUUGAUCAGUUGAAACGAGUACUUUCGGGUCAGACAGCAGCUUUACCAGCUACAAGGGCUGGUGCGCCACAGAGUGAUGCAAGUAGUGAAAGCAUGGUUAGUUAUGACUUCUCAGCUUCAGAGAUAUCUAUCAACACGUACAACCAGCAAAUUAGUUCGGGCGUAGAAAGAUCUGCAUCUAUGCGUUCGGCCGGACGAUCGAGAUCGAAAUCACGAGAUAGAGCAGAUGUAGCACACGAUGACACCACAGUUCCCCCUGUUCCACCACUUCCAUCCUCGCUUGUGGGUGAAAAUAUAUCCAUUCAUGAUCAAGCGCAAAACCAUUCACCUGAAGGAUUCCGAACCGGCCGAAGCACAAAAAGAAGCACAAAGAGUAGAGCCGGUGGAUACUCAAGUAUGCCAUGGGGUGAAGAAAAUGGAAAGGUGGUAGAUCUCCAAGAUCUACUGAGUGGUAUUGAGAUUGGUGGGGAUGAAAAAGGGAAUGUUGGUAUGCCUCCUUAUUGAGGUAUUAAUUUUCAAGGUUUCUGGAGAGACAGCGCGUUUGUUAUAUUGAGACAAGAUGAUAGAGUUGCAUAUAAUUCAUAGUACAGAUUUGUAUUACUAUAACUUAUUUUGCAAGCAUGGAGUUUUGGUUGACAACACUUACGGAAUAUCUACUGCUGGGUUGACCCGUAGCGAUUUAUUUUGGGAAAAAGAGGCAAAUACGUUCUCGCAGCACAUAAUAAUUAAAUAAAGAUGGAUUUUCGUUGUCGUUAUCAUAGUCACAUCCUAUAUGCUAUAUGCAUGUCUUAAUUGGUGCGGACUAGUAUUUGAUAGUGAUUUUGUGGAUUUUGAACUACUGAGCAGGAAUGCAUUUAAACUUUCACGUUUUUCAUAUCCAUUUAUGAUUCACUGGUACAAAGUAGUGCGCACGAGUAUUUUAGUCUAGUAACUUAUUUUAUUUUUCGUUUAAUAAUUUUCUUAGUUCUAAAACA